AUGGUGCAACCCAGCGAGGAUGUCGACGACCCGUUCUUCUUGCUGCUUCGCGAACGAGCGCUCCAAUCACGAAAGCAGCAGGGCAUCCCUUUCGACCAAGAUCGUCACGAGCAACCAUGGCCACAGCGUCUGCCGCGGCCACCUUCUGCACGCGAGUUCCAAAAUAUCAUUGAAGUGCACAUUCCUGUACUCAUCGAGGGCUGCAUGAACGAUCGUCCAGGGAUCGCCAAUUGGAAGGACACAAGUUACCUCGAAGCAUGUAUGGGACCUGAUCGGAGCGUCGCGGUGGCCAUCACCCCCGACGGCAGAGCGGACGACCUCAUCCUGCAUCCCGAGAAUGGAGGCUCAGUGUUUGCACUUCCCAUGGAGCAGAGCAUGCCGUUCUCAGAGCUCUUGGAUCGGCUCUCGAAGCAGGUGCACGGCAAAGCAGAUACGAUCGCCUAUCUUCAAUCGCAGAACUCGAACCUGAGUGUCACAGAGUACGGAGACCUGUCGCCUCUGUUGCAGGAUCUCGAGAUGCGCACAGGCUCGCAUAAGUCUGAACUGGAGAGUAGACACCGCAGCGACUUGCCGUGGGCCACGGAAGCGCUCGCCCAUACUCCCGAAGCGACCAACAUCUGGAUCGGCACCUCUGCGUCUCGCACCUCGAUGCACAGAGACUACUACGAGAACCUCUUCACAGUCGUGCGAGGCUGGAAGGAGUUUACCGUCUAUCCUCCCGCCGAAGCCUGCUUCCUGUGCGACGACGAAGAGUAUCCUGUGUAUAGGUACGUCAGGGAUCCCAGUCAGCAAGAUUGCGACUCGGAGCGCUUGAGUCUGCAGAGGGACGGCGAAAGUGCGACAACGAGAUGGAUACCGAUUGAUCCGACGUUGCCUAAACACGCAGAUCGCAAUGCACCGUUCGUCCACCGCGACCUCAAUGCGACAUCAUCAUCGUCAGGGACAACGGUGCGCCAGCACAGUCCACAGACCAAGUACGGGUACGCUCUGCCGCCGCUCAAGAUCCGAGUCCACGAGGGUGAGACGCUCUACCUUCCUAGCGGCUGGUUUCACCACGUUGCGCAGCAACAAGAUGAGCAGAUCGUUGCUGUUCAUGGUCAAGACUCGAUCGACCGUGGCAUAUGCCUGUGCCUCAACUGGUGGUACGAGAUCUCGGAUGAGGUUGCCAUACAGCUAGAAGAAAGUAGCUUGGCAAUACCCACGUGA